AUGCUCUGGGCUGCGGGAUUUGAGCCGGUUCGCAUCACCUUGGCAUGGAUUUUGGCGUUCCUCGGAACCCACCCUGAGGUGAAGCAACUUGUUCAACAAGAGGUCGAGGCACUGGCAACUCGCUUUUGCGCGGACAAGUGGGACAGCAGUUCAUCUGAUGCCAUAUGGGAAGCUAUCCGUUCCAUGAAAUCCUCUGGAUCCUCCGUAUCCCCAACAGAUCCUGUGGAUCCUCCGUAUCCCAAAUGGAUCCUAUGGAUCCCCAAUGGAUCCUUUGUAUCCUCAAUGGAUCCUCCGUAUCCUCAAUAG